AUUUCCGCAAACUUUCCUGUAAGCCAUAGACAGUCUGUAUUAACUGUAUGCUCCAGCCAACUACCGCAUCUAAAUCGGAUUGUGAACAGAGUAUCAGAGUAGAUCGAUAGAAGUGGAUCAGAAUGAGUGAAAUCAAACCCACGGACGCGGCUGUUCCUGAUGAAAAGGAAGAGGAAAAGGACUGGGCUGCAGCCAAAGCCUUCUUUGACAACCUCAAAACACACAAACCAAGGCCUCCCAAACCCCGCUAUGCUGUCACCAUCGCCGUCUCCUCUCGGACCCUCUUCGACAUGACGGCGGAGAGGAAGAUCUACGAGGAAGAGGGAGUAGAAAAGUAUGUUUCCUAUCAGGUGGAGCAUGAACAGGAGCCUCUGAACCCAGGACCUGCUUUCCCCUUCGUUAAGGCCCUGAUGAAUGUCAACUCUAGACUGAGGGAGCUUUACCCCGACAGCGAGGAGUUGUUUGACAUCGUCUUAAUGACUAAUAACCAUGCCCAAGUUGGAGUGCGCCUCAUAAACAGCAUUAAUCACUACGAUUUGACUAUAGAGAGGUUCUGUAUGACUGGGGGAAACAGUCCCAUCGGUUACCUAAAGGCCUACAUGACAAACCUCUACCUCUCUAAGAGCGCAGACAAAGUCACAGAAGCCAUAGAAGAAGGCAUUGCUGCAGCCACAAUGUUCAUGCCGGACAAGGAGAUAGAGUUGAGCGACACUCAGCUGCGAGUAGCGUUCGAUGGCGAUGCCGUCCUCUUCUCAGACGAGUCAGAGAUCAUCGUGAAGCAACACGGCCUGGACACGUUCUUUGAGCAUGAGAAGGAGUUUGAAAACAAACCACUGGCUCAGGGUCCUUUAAAGUGUUUCCUGGAGGCUUUGGGGAAGCUUCAGAGAAAAUUCUACGCCAAGAACGAGCGUAUGAACUGCCCCAUCCGCACCUUCCUCGUAACGGCUCGCAGCGCCGCCAGCUCCGGCGCUCGUGUCCUGAAGACGCUCCGGAGCUGGGGCCUGGAGGUCGACGAGGCCCUGUUCCUUGCCGGGGCGCCCAAAGGACCUCUGCUGCAGAAAAUAAAACCGCACAUCUUCUUUGACGACCAGAUGUUCCACAUUGAGGGGGCUAAAGAAAUGGGCACCAUAUCUGCACACGUCCCCUAUGGGAUCGGACAGAAGUACCACAGGGGGAAACUGAUCGAGCAGCCCCCCAAAAACGAGUGAUUUUCACUAAAACCAUACGGUGCGCUACUUGGAGAGCUUUGGUGCAACAAAUGCAUUGUGGGAAAAUAUUUGCAUAAAAACAAGCAUUUUUAGAAUAGUCAGGGUUUCAUCAGUUUAUUUCUUUAUUUCUGUAAAAAAAUGGUGUAGUUGCUAAGAGGGAGAGUUACAACAGGUUUCAAACACUUUUUAACUUAAUACUGUGUGCAAAGAAACCUAUACUCGUGCCUUCUAACCGACUUUUAUGCACGUUUACCUUGUAGAAAGGUUUUCUAUUUUUGAUACUUUUAUACUUUGCUUUCUAUACGUAUUGGUUUUAUUUGGCUGGUUAGGAAUGUAUCUGCUGUAUUAGAUGCUUUUAUAUGACAUAGGUCUUGUGGUAGAAACACCAGUGAGGUGGAAGAAAAAACUAGUUUCUGUUAUACGAUUACACAAACCAGCACAAUUACAGCUCUGGAAAAAAUAACAGACCACUGCAUUUUCCUGCGAAAUCAGUAUGUGUGCAUGUAUGACAGCCAUUCCUUUCCUGUGUCUGUUGAAUUCCAACACAAACACACCUUAUUCUAUUGAAUAAACACCUGAUCCAUGUCUUAUUUAAGAAGAGGAAGUAUAAACACUA